AUGGCGCCCAAGAAGGGGUGGGCCACUCUAGUUAUCGUGCUGCUGUUGCGCCCUACCCUGGGGGCGCUGACCGAGCGGACAGGAUCGAAGCGGAGGAAGGAGGACGACGGGGGCGAGCAGCCGGGGCUGGACCUCGUCCAGGCCGCGGGUGGCGCCGCCGGGCCAGAGGACUCGCAGAUCGGCCAGCUGACGGAGUCCAUCCGAACCCUCUUCAGCCUCGGGGCUUCGGCCUCGCCCCCGACACCCCCGCCGAGCUUGGCGGCGGCCCCGAAGCCAGGCGCCGCGGUGUCUGCGGCCGCCGUGGGCGCCCGCGUGGGGAGGACGUGGCUGCGGGCGCCCGCACCGGUGCAGGCCUCGGCGGACCCCACGCUGGCCACGGCCUCGGCAGCUGCGGCGGCAUCGUCGCGGGCGGCCUCGACCAGCAGCGAGGUGUGGGACAGGAACGCGACGGAGGCCCGCAGCCACUCGUGGUUCUCGGCCCCGCCGACCAACGCCGUAGCCGCCACCAACGUCUCCAGCCCGCCGGCGAGAGCAGCCGCGCAGCAGGCGGCGCCCACCGUCGCCUCCGCUGCCGGCGGUGCCGUCGACGCCAGGCCGAACGGGACGUCCGGGCCGAGGGCGGCGGCUAAGGCUGUCGGAGCCGCCUCGAACGCCACUGCGAACGUCACCGUGAACGCCACAGCGAGUUCCGCCGCGAACGCCACUGCGAGCGUCACCGUGAACGCCACGGCGAGUUUUGCCGCGAAUGCCACGAGGAAGAACUCGUCGGAGCUACCAGAGAAGGAGGUGGAGGAACUCCCGAUGGCCAAGCUGCUCCUCGGUGAUGAUGGCGACGGCCCCAAGUCAGCCACCACAACAUCGAUCCCAAAUGCUACCCCAGUCGUCUCGGGAGCGAGUACCGCCAACUCAAGCGCCCCGAUCAUCCUGAACACGACCGCCGCCAACGCCACAGUGGUGCCGGCCGUCGGAGCCUCGGCCGAGGCUGCGAAAUCCACAGCGAAGGCGGACGCCAACGCCUCGCGAGCGUUCUCGCGCGAGGCGGCCGUCGCCAAACAGGCGCAGGCGGCCGCCAAGGCGGCGAAGCUCGCCGAGGCGAAGGCGACCCGGCUGGAGGCGGAAGUGGCCGCCUUGAGGAGCAAGCUGGCCAAGGACGAGCAGACCUUGUCCAAGACCAGGAGCGUCACGCCCGCAACUGCGGCCGCCCCCGUUGUCAUCGUCGUGCCCGACGCCGCGACGGCGGCGAGGGUUGCGUCGGCCAACGUUGGGGUGGUGGGGAACGAGAGCGGCGCGCGCUUCGUGGUGAGCGUCGACGGCGGCCAGACUGUGGAGGCCCCAGCCGCGGGCACUGCGCUCGGCAGUCGGCCCGCACCAGUGAAGGGGGGGCCGCCCGGCGGGAGCGCCGAGAAGCAAACCGCGCACGGCGCCGCGGAGGCCAGCAGGAAGAGGCCGGCGCCGCUGACAGCGUCGACGAGCAAGAGCUCCUCGGCUCCCACUCGCCGUCUGGUGGCCCGCAGUGAGCCUGCCGCGGCCGAGAAGGCGGCGCCACUGGCCUCGACGGGCAGCAAGCCUGCAGCAGCGGCUGGGGCCAAGUCGGUGGCCCGCAGUGAUCCUGCCGCGGCCGAGAAGGGUGUCCCAUUGGCCUCGACGGGCAAGCCUGCAGCAGCGGCCUGGGCCAAGCCGGUGGCCAGCACUGAGCCUGCCAUUGCCGAGAAGGCGGCACCACUGGUCUCGACGGGCAAGCCUGCAGCAGUUGCUGGGGCCAAGCUGCAAGCGAGCCGCGCGGAGCACGGGCCAGCCAGCGAUGCGAAGCACGGCCCCGCCGCGAGCUCUGCGUCCAGCGAGCCUUCCGCUGGCAGACAGACCGCAGCUCACCAGCCCGCCAACAAGACCCUCGCAGCCAGGCCACCGCCGCCAGCGGGCCACCUGGCGGCGCGCCCCGCCGCUGAGGGCAAGCACGCUCCAGCUUACGCAGAGGAGCGUGGCGGCAUGAAGGCCUCGGCGACAUCGGCGGCUUCGGCGAGCCAGCCCGGCGCGGCUGGGGCUGGGCCGCGGAAGGGCAAUGCGGUGGAGCAGCGCGUUUCGGCGGCGACAGCGACGGGUGCGCACGCCAACGUGGAUGGUCGCCUAGUGGCUAGCCGUGACCUUGAGAGCGCACAGAAAGCAGGCAGCGAGACGAACGCUGUGCCACUGGCAGCUUCUAAGGGCAUGCAGGGGGCGGUCGUUUCUAGGACAUGGGCGAGCGGCACAGCAGCGCACUUAAACGUCGAUGGUGGCCAUCAUUCAAUGGCUGGCACUGCGCCAGCCAAGGUAAGAACUACAGAGACCAAAAAGUCUUCAGCGGCUGCUUCCAGGCCCGUGACCAACCGCCCAGCGGUGAGCCUGUCACCCAAGGACGGGCACCGCCCCAGGACUGACGUGACCUCUGCCCGAGCAGAGUCGACCAAAGGCGAAGUGGCAAAGACAGCUGCGACCAGAAGCCGUACAGAGUCAAGUGAGCCAGCAGAGAGCCCCGCAGAGGUGCAAGCGCUCGCCAGAGCAGGCCACGGUGCCGCAGCCAGUGCCAGCCCGCGCGCGAUUGUCAAGGUGGACACUCCGCCAGCGGCCAGCGUGGCAGCGCACGCUUCGGCCGAGGCAGGCCCCCGCCCGACGGCAGACGCUGCGGGGCGCGCCCCCUCCAAGACAGACCGGCGCCCGGCAGCCAGCACGGCGGCGCACACCCCAGGCAAGGCUGCAACCGCCGGGCCUCCGGCCCGACGAGGGCAAUGGGCGGAGCCGGGCAGUCACCUGGCGGACAACGCCACGGGCUUCUCGCAGGGGGCUCGCCGCCUCCUCCCGGCGGUCAAGCAAGCAGGUCACGUCGUGGAGGCCGUGAGCCAGAGUAACACCGCCUUGGCCCAGGGGCUGACGCACGUCGUGCACCCCAGGUGGGCCAGAGCCUCGCAGCGCGACGCGCCGACGAGCUUGCUGCCCAGGGCGGCGAGGCAGGCCAUCACCGGGAAGGUCUGGUCGGAGCGUGAAGGCAGUGCUGCCCGCGCGAGGCUGAAGCUGCCUCGCCAGCACGAGGCGCCAGCUUCAGCAGUUACGGUCCCAGAACUGGCGGCGUCCCACAGAGUAGCCGGCCACGCCGCCGCGGCAGGGACCCCCGCCGCUGUGGAGCCCAAGAAGCUGACGCCCCAAAAGGAGGAGGACGAGAAGAAGGAGGUUCAGACGGCGGCGCCGCCGCCCCCCUCGCAGUUGCCCGCUCUCGGCCAUGAGGCCCUCGGCGUCAGGGCCAAGCCCAAGCCCGCGGCGCCGCUGCCCAAGUCCGCUGCGGCUGCUGCGGAGGCUCCAGCGCAGCGUCAGCGGGAACACCAGGCCGCCCGCAUUCCGGCGAUCGCAGGCGCGGCCCCGGCCGCUGCUGCAGGGGCCGCCGCAGUGACGGCCGGGAGGGAGGUCCACGUCCACCUGGAGAGCGCGGCGGCGCCCUCGCGCAGGAGGCCCAGGACGCGGCGCGCCUACGCGGCGCGCUUGCGGUCGCCGCCCGCGGGCGCGGCGGGCGGGGCGGAGCGAGGUGUGGGCCACCGCCCCGCCCGCCUGCCACUCGCCGUCCUCUCCGACAUGGGCCACACAGCACCCAGCGGCGGCCUGGCCGCUCUGGGCGCACCUCCGCUCCCCCACGCCAGGCUGCUCCCGCCGCCGGCCGAGGAGCCCAUGCCGCUCGAGGGCGACCAGGUCUCGUUCCCCGCCCUGCCCGCGAGCUUCGAGGAGGACAGUGCCGGCGCCGACGCCCAUCCGCCCAGCAACAGCUCCUCGCUGCCUCCCGCUUUGGCCGCGCCCGCGGCGGCCGCGCCCGCUGCGGCCGCGCAGGCAGCCACCGCCGCGGCGACGGCCCCAGCUCAGGACAUCGGCGCCGCUGGGUGGUUCCGCUCCAUGCUCACGUGGUUCUGGCACGCGCCCGAAGCGCCACCGAAGGCGCUCUCGGCCCAACGGCCGACGGCGCGGGCCGAGCUGCUGCGGCUCGAGAAGAAGAGCGGCGAGGACAAGAUGCGCUGGCACACCAACUUCGAGGCGAUGGACGACCGCCAGCGCGACAUCCCGAUCGCCGACGCGUUCGGCCGAUUCGAGCAGGAGGACGAGGACGAGGUCGAGAACUUGCGUCGCGAGGACAUCGCUGCGCGGACCGAGGCAGAGCACGCACCCCUGGGGUCCGCGCGGGCAGGCAGGCCACCGCCUCGCGCCGCGGGCACGCACGCCAGCAGCUUCUGGAAGACCAUGGAGACUGAGGACUCCGAAAUGGGGAAGGCCCUUGAUCAGGACAGAGACCUAUCGAAGUACGAGCAGCUGGUGAACCUGCAGGACCAGCAGGCCGAGGACGCGGCCCUUGAGCUGGAGCGCCCCAGGGCGCGUCUGCGGAACCUCCAGCCAGAGGCCCCCGCGGAGCGAGCGGGCCGACUGCUGGAGAUUGUGGACACGCCCCUGCACGACGCGUUCGGCUCCAUGGAGGCAGAGGACAGCGUCGUGGAGGAGAGGGUCCACAGCAGCCCAGAUUUGCAGAUGAUGCAGGUCAAGGAGAUGCGCACAGCACCCAGGGCAGAGGACAAGGCGAGGCUCUGA